AUGGCGGCGCCCAGAGCCGCCCGCGCGCUGCGGAGCGGAGUACCGUCAUGACAGCUGUGGCUGCGUCCUGUUUACAAAUUGCUGCUAGUCACAUUUUCAGUAGUCCUUAUGGGUUUUGCUUUCCCCUAAUACAUCCAAUUAGGAGGAAAUAUUUCUCACAAGCAUGGACUUGCUCUUCUCCUUGUAAUGACAUAGUUCUGCAGUCCAGGAAACAGUGCUGCAUGGUGUCCAUGUCCACGAUUUCCUGAUGUGGGAAAAACGUGUGGAAAGCAUCUGGAGAGGAGGAGACCCCCUUUACCAGCUUGUUUCCUGUUCUGUGACUGGCUGCCACAUAAUCUUUUCUUUGUGCAAUCAUAACUACCUGCACAGGCACUCAAGCAAUCAUCAGCAAAGAUGCUUCUUCUUUCAGGGACAAAGAAAUGCUGCUUAUAGUAUAGUUUGGCCAGCCAUGGUUUCUCCAGCUCACCGAGUUCCUAAGCACAUAAAGAAGCCAGACUAUGUGACGACAGGCAUUGUACCAGACUGGGGAGACGACAUAGAAAUUAAGAAUGAAGAUCAGAUUCAAGGGCUUCGUCAAGCUUGUCAGUUGGCCCGUCAUGUCCUGCUUCUGGCUGGAAAGGGCUUAAAGGUUGGCAUGACAACUGAAGAAAUAGAUUCCAUUGUUCAUCAUGAAAUAAUCAGACAGAAUGCCUAUCCAUCACCUCUGGGCUAUGGAGGUUUUCCAAAAUCUGUUUGUACUUCUGUAAACAACGUGGUAUGUCAUGGUAUUCCUGACAGUCGACCUCUUCAGGAUGGAGAUAUUAUCAACAUUGAUGUCACGGUGUAUUACAAUGGCUACCAUGGUGACACUUCGGAAACCUUUUUGGUGGGCAAUGUGGAUAAAUCUGGUGAAAAGUUAGUGGAGGUUGCCAGGAAAUGUAGAGAUGAAGCAAUUGCAGCUUGCAGACCAGGGGCUCCCUUCUCUGUAAUUGGAAACACAAUCAGCUCCGUGGCAUGGCAAAGUGGCUUCCAGGUCUGCCCCUUCUUCGUCGGCCAUGGCAUCGGGUCGUACUUUCACGGGCACCCCGAGGUGUGGCACCACGCCAAUGACAGUGAUUUGUUAAUGGAAGAGGGAAUGGCGUUCACAAUAGAGCCAAUAAUAAUGGAAGGAUCCCCUGAAUUUAAGAUUCUGGAGGAUAAAUGGACUGCAAUUUCUGUAGAUAAUAAAAGAUCGGCCCAAUUUGAACAUACCCUUGUGAUUACCUCAGAGGGAGCAGAAAUCCUCACUAAACUGGUGGAAGAAGCCUAAAGAUGGACCAAGGAAUGGAGAGACUUGCUGUACUUCUGGGAUUUCAAGUUUCACUUGGGACAGAGAAGAGGUUUCUGUAAUUUCUGAGAGGAAUGGGUGUUGCGUAAGUCACUCUAGGGGACAGAAAAAGCAAUUUGAGAGGUUGGCUCUAGACAUAGUUCUUUCUGUGUAUUACCUGGUGAGUAUUUAAUAAAAGUCCUUAGGUUUUUUGUGACCCUUGGAGCAAUCAAGUACAGUCUACAAGUGGCAAAGGGUUUGGGUUAUUCGGGAUUAGAGGCAGAAAGUGGCUUCCCUCUCUUCCAAAUCCUAUGUGGGAUAAAUAGAUAUCAGAUGAUACAGUCUUUAAGCAGCUGAGAGGACAGAGAAACAUAGCAUUUUCCCUUUAUAGCUGAGGUAUGGAGUCAAUUUGUCUUCAUUGUAAUUAACACAGUGCUGUUUCCCAGGCUGUAGCUUCUACUAGGAUGGGAAAAAGUUUCCCGAGAGUGUCAGGCAGAGGGAGCAGACUCCUCCCAGCAUCAUUCCCAGCAGAAAUCCCCUGCUUUUUGCCUCUUUUUACACAGCACAAAAAGUGAUUAAAAAUGAGAUGCAAAGCACGCCUCUCUGGGGAUCAAUAAUUGCCCUGCUUGAAGAAUUAGCCAGUUUGGGGUAAUCACUGCUCUGUGGUGCCCAUGUUAGUUAAGGGGGAGGCACUCUGCGGUUUAAGCAUUUUAUGGAGGCAGAGGAGUUUACAGUCCGGGAGAUGAGCCCUGACUCCUGCACAGAGUUUGGAACCGAUGGAGCUCCGGGUCUCACUCGACCCUUUGCUCUCUGCAAUCCUGUCCUGGGGCUGCCAGGGCUGCAGGGAUUGAUUUGCAAUUUAGCCAGUUGCUGACUGUCCUGUGGGACUAUAUAGGUCUGGCAUUCGUAUUUGGAGGCUACCAGAGCAGGACCUGGGCUUGUGAAACAUGAGAUAGCCUUGUAGAUAAUUAAAGGACUUCCAAAAGUUCCCCAGGCCCAUGGCAACAGUGGUGCAGUUUGGUACAAAGAACUUGCCCCUCACUGCAGGCAGAUGGGGUCGCUUGCUGAGGGCUGGCCAGUUGCACAUUCAGGCAACCAGAGUGGCUCAGCUCUGGUACCCUCAGUGGUCCUGGGCAGAACUAAACUGAUUUCUUACAGCUUUACUCUGCUGUUUGCUUUCAUUCAAGUACAGUGAGCUCUCAGCUCUAAUAGUUUCUAACAGCAGCUUUUCAAAAAGCAGAGACCCCCCUCCCAGAAUACAGCUAACACCACAGGGCAGCUACUCAGCUUCAUCCUCCCCUGGAGGAGCUUGGAAGGCCAUAAAACCUGCAAAACAAAUGAUGCAGCCAAGUUUACAAAUAUGCAGAGAUUAAACAAUGUGAAGGACAAGUCGGCAUUGGCUGGAGGGGCAUGUAUUUUGUUCCAUUACAUUCCAUCGCCCAGCAGCACUGCCCCUUCUGAGGGGCACUGGGGGCAGCUGGGUGUCCGGCGCAUCCCGGAGGCGCACCAGAGGCACCUCCCGUGGAUUUUGGCCGCGCCGGGAGCUCCUGGAUAGCAGCGCAGGUGCCAAGCUUCUCACCAUCGUCUGCCCUCUGCCUCCUGUCCUGCUCUUACCGCGGCGUGGGAUGAGGCGGGAGCGGGGCAACCAGGAGCAGGGAGCCCCCCGCAGCCCGUCGUGGGGGGACUGCCGGCAGCUCCUGGUAAUCACUGCGCUCGGGGUCCCACCGGUAACUCUGGUGGGACUGCGAGUUUUACCGGCCGUUGCGGAGGCAUUGAUAGCGCACCUUUGUAAUCCUAAUUACGAACGGGCCUUUACAGAUGUCUCGACUGUUCGGGGACAGCCAGCGCCUUGCACAAGCCCGUCCUACAGAAGGUCUUGCCGGGCCAGCACGACGAGAGUCCCGAGGUGGCAAUAGCUCCCGCGGGGUCAGGUCGCCCUGUGGCCGCGGCCCCUCCGCGCCCGCCGAAGCCGCGCUGACCGGGGCCAGCAAUGCACGGAGGGGCGGGGGCCCUGCUCCGCAGGAUGGGUGCGAGCAGAGCCUCACCGACCAGUCCGCGGGGUAUUGGUGGGUUGGAGGGACUGUGGUCCGCCCGAGACUGCCUGUGUCCGGCCGAUCGGAGGAGAAGACAGCAGCCCCUGCGGACGCCGAGUGGCCUCCCCUCUCUCAGUUGUCAGGCUGAGGCGGCGAAGGUGCCAGCGCUGCCGGGGCGCCCUGUUCCCUACCCAGUCAAGCUCGCUGACCCGGGUGGUCACUUCCAUGGCCAGGAGGGCAGAGCUGGCUGCCGGGGAGACCGCGUGCGUGCUGAAACACCGCCGCUGCCCCUUCUGCCCCAAGCUUCGGAGAGUUAGUGAGAAUGAACUUUUCGUAUUGCGAGCAAAGAAAAACAAAACCCAAAACACUGUAAAGAAAAAAAAAAAAAAAACGGGGGAGGGAAGGAGGUGAAAGAGUCGUUAGGAAACGGGCAAUUAAAACCGACAGAGCCGCUAAUGAAAGGGAAAAAAAAAAAAAAAAGGCCAGGAGCAGAGGGGCUCGGUUGUGCCAGCUUUGCACAGUCUGGGGCCGGCUGCUUCAAGGGCCGUCGCUGCCCGAAGGAGCCUGAACACUAUGCGGGCUCUGCCGGGGUGCCCCAGCCCCGCUGCCGGCGCUAAUACGUCUAACGACAUCAACGCUGCGAUUUGUUUUGAAUAUUCACUUUUAUUGGUGUUCCCCCUUUGCCAAAAUGUGCUUGAUUACAUAGAUGUAGUGCCGUGAUAACUGCGCACCCUAGACAGCCUAGGUGUAACCGGGAAAGUUCAGCCCAGGCCAGAUCAAAUCCCAGGCUGUUUAAUGCUGGAAGGCUGCAUGUUGCUAUUAGUGUUAAAUAUAUGGCUAAUUAUGCGUAUGAAAAUUAAACAUCAGUGUUAUGCUAAUGGGGCCGCCUUCAGCUGUGGAUCAGAGCACUUGAGACUAGCAUUUAAUCAAAUGAAUCAGUAACUAAUACAUCUGCACGUGUGAACUUUCACAAGAUCAUUUUCCUGUUACAGUCACACCGCAGAAUUAUGAAAGAAAUAAUUAUCAACACUUUCUAA